AUGCAAGGUCCAUAUUGGGGACUAAGGCCACACAUUCUUAAACAUAUUUACCUGACGGUGGUAGAGAAGAUCCUGGUUUAUGCGGCAGCUUUAUGGGCACUUCCCAUGACAUCAAGGAAGGCCAGACUUCUCGAUAGUGCUCAAAGACCCUUUGUCCUAGGCAUUACCAGGACAUAUAGAACGACAUCCACAGCAGCAGCAACGGUAUUUGCGGGUAUCCUCCCUCUACCUCUAAGGGCCCAACAAGAGGCAGCGUUGACUUCAUUAUGGCAGCUGAGAAAAGAGGUUUCUCUAGGUCCAUGCACUUUCCUCCCGUGUAAUUAUGAAGAAAGGACGUUUCGCCUAUUGAUCCACCCAAGCAAAUACGGUGCAGGGAUCCACAUAUUUCACUCACCUGAACUUCCACCAAGUACAGAAGGCCCGGGCGUGUUCAUCUACACGGACGGGUCAAAAAUAGAUGAAGAAGUGGGGUGCGCAUUGGUGGUCUACAAAGACGGCGUGCCUGUAUCAACCUGGAAAUGUCAUCUCCAACCAGGAAACACAGUAUUCCAAGCAGAGGCACUAGCUCUCAGCAAGGCAGUAAACUGGCUCAUUACAUCAGGAGAGCGGAUUGGUACGAUCUACUCUGACAGCCUGUCUUUAUAUUCAAGCGAUAAAAUGCCCAUUCCAUCAUUCGCCUACGAUUAG